CAGCAGCGUCACAUGACGUCUCCUCCGAGCAGCAGCAGGCCAGUUGUUUACGGGCGCUGAUCACAGACUGGAUGUAUUUGAGAAGGGACGCCGUGCUGGCUGGCUGUCAAAACCACGGCAGGAGGCUCAUCAGCACAGGGUGUUCCAGUGGUUGCCAGAAAGGGACAAGGGCCUGUAGCGUCCACAGGCGGUCCUCGGGUCCGGCUGGUUCAGCCCUGAGACGACGGCAUCAUGGCCGACAGUGAAAAAUCCAAGCAGCUGAACGGCAGUGCCCACCGCUCGUCCCUUGGUUUGGAGCCACACAAAGAGAGCAUGCAGCUUAAGAAGGAGAUCUCGCUGCUCAACGGCGUCAGCCUGAUCGUAGGAAACAUGAUCGGCUCCGGCAUCUUCGUCUCCCCCAAGGGUGUGCUAAACUACAGCGCCUCUUACGGGCUGUCACUAGUCAUCUGGGUCAUCGGGGGCCUGUUUUCUGUGGUGGGGGCCCUCUGCUACGCUGAGCUGGGCACCACCAUCACCAAAUCAGGGGCGUCUUAUGCGUACAUCCUGGAGUCAUUCGGUGGCUUCAUUGCUUUCAUUCGCCUGUGGACCUCUCUGUUGAUCAUUGAGCCCACCAGCCAGGCGGUCAUUGCCAUCACUUUUGCAAACUACCUGGUGCAGCCGCUCUUUCCAACAUGUGAACCUCCAUAUGCAGCAGCCCGGCUCCUCGCUGCAGCGUGUAUAUGCUUACUGACAUUCAUCAACUCUGCCUAUGUGAAGUGGGGCACCCGCGUGCAGGACAUUUUCACCUACGCCAAGGUGGCAGCCCUCAUCGUCAUCAUCGUCACUGGCAUCGUCAAGCUGUGCCAGGGUUACACAACCAACUUUGAAUCAUCCUUUCAGGGAUCGUCUACAGACCCCGGUAACAUUGCCCUGGCGCUCUACUCUGCCCUCUUCUCCUAUUCCGGCUGGGACACCCUCAACUUUGUGACAGAGGAGAUCAAAAACCCUGAAAGGAACCUGCCGCUGGCCAUCGCCAUCUCUAUGCCCAUUGUCACCAUCAUCUACAUCCUCACCAAUGUGGCCUACUAUGCUGUUAUGGACAUCAGUGCUAUCCUGGCCAGUGAUGCAGUGGCAGUGACAUUUGCAGAUCACACUCUCGGUGUGAUGAGCUGGACCAUCCCCAUUGCCGUGGCUCUGUCCUGCUAUGGAGGCCUUAACGCCUCCAUUAUAGCUGCAUCCAGGUUGUUCUUCGUGGGCUCUCGCGAGGGUCACCUUCCAGACGCUCUGUCCAUGAUCCACAUACAGAGAUUCACGCCGAUCCCUGCUCUGAUCUUCAAUUGUGUGAUGUCACUGAUCUACCUGACAGUGGAGGAUGUCUUCCAGCUCAUCAACUAUUACAGCUUUAGCUACUGGUUCUUCAUGGGUCUGUCUGUCGCCGGGCAGAUCUACCUCCGCUGGAAAGAGCCCGACAGACCCAGACCUCUCAAGCUGUCUAUGGUGUACCCGGUGGUGUUCUGUCUAUGUGCUGUUUUCCUGGUGGCAGUUCCUCUCUACAGCGACACCUUCAACUCUCUGAUCGGCAUUGCCAUUGCCAUGUCAGGGGUCCCCGUCUACUUCCUGGGUGUCUACCUACCAGAGUCCAAACGGCCGCCUGUGAUCACCAAGCUACUGCGUUCUCUGACUCACUGGACCCAGUACAGCUGCUACUGUGUGCUGACAGAGGUCGACAAAAGUGAAUAGCAUCCAGUACACUUUACCCAGCAGUCUCUGCAAGUGAGCAUCAGACAAGGGAUUCUUUUGUGAUUCUCUUAUUGUACUGUACGCCAUGUUGAAGCGUUUGGACUUCACUGACCUGUUUACAACACUGAAAAUGCUGCCACGCUAUGCACACGUUCACUUGCAGAUAUAUGCUGGAGUUCAAGGACAUUCAAGGAGAAGACAGUGCUGUUAUACUGCAUAUUGUGGAUAUUGUUACAGUUUAAUUCCUUCAUCAAAUUAUUUAAUUACUUAGAUUUGCCUUGUUAGCUCUACAGGUUAUUGUAUUAUGCCUUUAUGUGCCUGUGAGAUUUUACAGGUGCUGCACAUGACCAAAGGGACCUUUUUAUGGCCGCAGCCAACACCCUCCCCAUGUGUCUAACCCUUUUUAGUGUUCUUGUGUGCAUGUCAAGUCCCCGGUUCCAGACCUGUUUCAGGAGAGUCACAGGGAAUAGAAGUGAAAAAAAUAUCACAUUAGUUAUCAUAUAAAGGAGAUCACAUAGAAUAGACUUGGUUAAAGACAGAUACAGCGGCUUUGGGGAAGUUUAUUGUCUUUCUCACUUUCCCAGAGUCAGAAACUAAUAAAUGCCCUAGGGCAGACCUUUGUUGUGUAUUUGGUGUAGUCUGAAGUUGUGUCAAACAGCGGUAUUAUGGUCUUAUUAGGUAAAUAACAUGAUCACAAUCCCAUAGGUGUCCAGGAAUUUAAGUAAACUACAGAGGGGUGCCUUACCAAGCUUUGUCUGAGGGGAGGCCUACAGUCUCAGACUCUGAAAACCCCUGGUGUAUAAGAUUGCUAGCGAUCCAGUUGAUUGUGAAAUUAGAACCAGACACUACUGAACUACCUGGGGACUGGGCCACACUGUAACUUCUGGUAAUGGGUGAAUGAGGUGCGGUUUUAACUGAGGUUUUAUAUUUAUUUUGGUUUCUGGCCUUGUUUUCUUUAAGUCCUCUUUUGUUUAUUCAAUAUGAACAGCACUCACAGGCCCUUUUCCUUUGUAGUGAGUGUUUGUAUCAGCAAAUAUUAUAGCAAAUAUUACAUGGAUAGAACUGAUAUUAACUGAAAGAUAUUAUAUGCAGAAUGUGUGAAUGGGCUUAAGCUCCCGCGUGUCAGAACAGGUCUGUCAUAUUCACUUCCUAAAUGGAAAAAAAGGGAAGAAAAUGUGUUUUGUCUGCUGCUACAUGAAGUUUUAGUCAUUAUCCUAACUGCAUUGCCUUUUUGUACUUUUGGGGCCAUUGUCUAAUUUUUGUUUUCGCAUUUUAACCAUUUUUCCCCCCUCAUUUGGUGUAUUUAAUGCCAUUUUGUUAAAUAGGAAAAAUGUGAAUGUUUCAAGCCUUUUGGGCUGAGGUUGGUUACCUGUCUGCUGAAUCCACUCCAUCAUUGUAGGAAGCUGUAGACUUCCUGUUCUUUAUGUUUAUAGCACUAAAUCAAUUUCUCAACUCUUUAACGUUCAGCGUGCUGUCUUCAAGGCAUCAACAACAAAACAGCAAUUUCUGUAUCCAUUGUAGUGUUCCAUCUGUAAUUCCAGUUGUGUAGCAUUCACAAAUUACCUCUAAACGGUCUCAAGUAAACUAUACCUCACCUCAAACAUACUGUACUGCAUCUCUGAAUCAUUGCCUGGAAUGGCCUAAAUUGUAAAAAUACUCUAAUCCCAGACGUUAGGAACGUUAUUCAUGACGCCACUUGCUUGCUUUGCAAUAAGUUUUCAGAGUGUAAAUGGAAUAAUCAUUUUUAAAGUUUUAAAUUAAUUUACAAUGAAUGAUUUAAAUACAAUUUGAUGUAGAUAAUAAGUCAUGUUGAAUAUUAAGGAAACUGAAGAUUUGACGGAAUCACUGCUGUUUGUUAAAUGGAGAGAGACAAACUGUGCAGGCAGUUUUGGAGAUGGAGCAGUUAAGCUGUGUCUAUUAAAAGCUUUCUUUCAAACUC